AUGAAGGCAGGAAGAAGGCCAAGCUGCAAGAGCUGUGAGUGUUUUUUUAGAGUUCUCCCCCGUAGAAAAAAGUUGCAGAAAGUAUUCAUACAGCAUCUACUGAAUGCCGUGUUAGAAAAGGUCUUGGCUACAUCAGCCCCAGCACUUGCCGAAAGAAAGGAGAAAGACCUCGGGUCAUCCUGUGGCAAGCUGCAGGAAGAAAGGGAGGCAUUUGUUUCACAAAUUGCAGAGCAAACGAAGAGCAAUGCCGCAAAAGAUGCCCUACUCGCGGAGCUUAAGAGGCAAAUUGGGCAGACAAAGACUCGUCCACACUGCACCGCCGAGAGCCAGACUUGCUCUCCAUCUACAAAAAGCAUAGGGAGUGAAUGUACUACUGAAUGCGCCGAGGCUGAUGUCCAGGCCACUAGUGAAGUGACAGUGGUGUCAGUUGAGACACAAACGGAUGCAGUGCCAAAGAGGCACCAAAACCGUGCAGUGCGCACCUGGCAGAGUUUCUGUGGCCAGGUACGUAACCUGCACAACCGCCUCAUCCAUGGAACAGAGGCAUUCUAAACCCUACUGGAAAUAUAGUAGCCUCCAUAGGAUGUACUGUUCUUCAGGGUGCUAGCUUUUUAUCUGAUUUAUAAAUUUGAACAGCUGUUAUCUGUAAUGUUUUAUACUGCAAAUUCUAUAUUUUUUAGAUUUGAUACAGAAAUUCAUAAAUGAACUGUAAAUAGUCGCUGAAUCCCUAAGGCGAAGGUUAAGUCAGGCCAUUCCUACUGAGGGCAUCUAGCACAAGAGAGACAUCCUGCUAGUACCCUGGUGAGGGGUAGGGGGCGGGAAGGCAUAUUCCGCGUAACCAUGUGUUUACAUGUGGGCCCCAACAUACAGGGUAUUAGCAGGAGCAAAAAUAUGCGCUAGAUGCUCUCGCUCAACCGCAAAAUAGAACACCAAAGCAACUAAAGACUGUGCCUCGUGUCAUUCCAUGUAAAUAUUUCUAAGUAUGUAAAAAUAACUUGACAAAAGUUGUAUCCCCAAAUAUAUGUAGAAAAAAUAAAACACCAAAGCGACUGAAGGCUGUGCCUCGUGUUGUUUCAGAUAUGUAAAUAAAAAUCAGUAAGUGAGAAUACAACUUAAACAAAGUUGUAGGCUCCCCAAAUAUUGAAAACAAAUUAGAAGGAAAUGACCUUUAGGGGCGUAGCUGUGGUAAUUUUCUUAUUGUGUCUGUGUUGCAACCCUCUAAUCUAACAAUAUUUCGAUGCCUGCCGAUUCAAAAGCGCAUCUAAGUCAUGUAAUAGAAUUGAAUUCGUUAAUGCCAACCUUGAUUUCUGACCAAUUCGUAGACAUGUGCUAAACUCGGAAAAAACUUCUCAC